AUGAUGUCAGCCCGAACAGCACGAGUUCUGAUGCAAUCGGGGCGAUCUGCGCGUCUGGCGGCUCCCCUGCGUCCGCUGCACCGAUCUCUGCACUCAAAUCCCAAAUACGAGUACACCAAGGCCUCGUUCACGGGCUUUCUCAAGUGGUCGGCUAUUUUCGCCGGAGCCACGGCCUUUGCUUUCUACACAGUCGACAGCAGAUCCGCAAUCCACCAGUACAUUGCGCUGCCCAUUCUACGUCUGUGCACCGACGCCGAGACCUCCCACCGCCUGGGAAUCGAAAUUCUGGCCAACGGCAUGUCUCCCAAGCAGCGUCAGGAGGAUAACGAGAUCGACCCCAACCACCUUCUCGAGGUGACCAUUUUCGCCAACUCCAAGCGACCCCUCACCCUGCGAACCCCCAUUGGAGUUGCUGCCGGUCUUGACAAGCACGGUCAGGCCAUUGACGGGCUUUUUGGCCUGGGCUUCGCCUAUGUGGAGGUUGGUUCUGUGACCCCUGAGCCCCAGGACGGAAACCCCAAGCCCCGAUUCUUCCGACUCCCCAAGGAUGAUGCCGUCAUCAACCGAUACGGCUUCAACUCCGAGGGCCAUUUUGCUGUCAUGGGCCGUCUCAAGCAACGUCUUUUGCACGCUCUGGGCCACGAGCAGCCCCAGCACGAGGACACCAGACACUCUCUGGACAAAAACAAGGUGCUGGCUGUCAACCUUGGCAAGAACAAGACCGGUGACGAGGUGUCCGACUACACCCAGGGCGUCACCCGGUUUGCCAACCUGUCCGAUGCUCUUGUCGUCAACGUGUCUUCCCCCAACACCCCCGGCCUGCGAGCUCUGCAGGGAGAGGAGAGACUGGCAAAGCUGCUGACCGCCGUGGUUGCCGAGCGAAACAAGGUCCAGUUCGCCAACACUUACACGCCCAUUCUGGUGAAGAUUGCUCCUGAUCUGAGCGAGUCUGAGAUUGUGUCGAUUGCUGCUGCAGCCAAGCAGUCCAAGAUUGACGGAAUCAUCGUUUCUAACACCACUAUUCAGCGACCCGAGCAUCUGCGAUCACAGCCUUAUCUUUCUGCCGAGACUGGAGGUCUUUCUGGCGCUCCUCUCAAGCCCAUUGCUCUCAAGGCCAUCAAAACUCUACGAAAGAACAUUGGAGACGAGAUCACCAUUGUGGGCUGUGGAGGUAUCAGUAACGGAAAGGACGCCAUUGAGUUUGCUCGAGCCGGAGCAACCUUUGUGCAGGUGUACACCGCUCUCGCUUACCAGGGUCCCGGACUCCCCGUCCACAUGAAGCAGGAGAUUGUCAAGGAGCUGAACGGAAAGAAGUGGGUGGAUAUUAUUGGCGCUGAUGUUGAUGUGAAGAAGGAGUAG